GUCAAUUCCUUGUUGUUGGACCUGGUAAACCUAUUGAAGCUACUGUAGGUGAAGAUGCUCUGUUGGAAUGUCAGCUUGUGCCAGAUAUAUCUGCCAGCAACAUGUUGGUGCAGUGGUUUAAAUCAGGCCUUGAUUCCCCAGUUCACGUAUACAGCCAUGGGGAAGAUGAUGUCACUGCUCAGCACAGGAAAUACAGAGGGAGGACUGAACUGUUCAAAAAUGAACUGACCAAAGGAGCCAUUUCUCUUCAAGUAAAGAAUACAACGAUUUUUGAUGGAGGAGAAUACAGAUGUCUAGUUGAUAGCGGAAUCUUUUCUGAAGAAACUGCAGUCAGACUGAAUGUCGCAAGUUUGGGCCAUCAGCCCUGGAUCCAGAUGAAGGAAUAUCGUGAAAAUGGAAUCCAGGUUGUGUGUAAAUCCAGUGGAUGGUUCCCAAGGCCAGAAAUACAGUGGAUCAGUGAAGAUGGACUUAUUUUAUCACAAACUGAACGAAGUUAUGAGCAGGACUCUGACGGUCUUGUCAAUGUCCAGAGCAUCAUCGCCGUUACAAAACAAUCAACAAAAAGGUUUAAGUGUGUUGUGCAGAAUAAAGAUUUGGGAAUUGCACGAGAAGCCCCUAUCAGGAUAUCAGAUGAAAUCUUCCCUGGUGCCCCUGACUGGCUGGCACCAUUGCCCGUGACCAUCCUUUGUGUAACUGUUGGCAUUGCUGCUGUGAUUUACUGGAGUGUGAAACACCAUCGACACAUUAAAGGACUAAAACUUCAGAAAACAUUCAUAGAAUGUGAGUGGAAGAGAAUUUGUGACUGUGAAG